ACGAUAUUCAACAAGAUGGCCGUCUCGUAGAGGAAGAAAAUAAUGUAGGGCAACAUAAAAUGAGCAGGUUAGGAUCAACCUUGACUAAUUAGAAUCUGGGUGUUAUGUUAUGCUAAUGAUUGAAACAGAAUGAAUGAACACCAAUGAGCUGAAAUUGUGCAGUUGUUUGUUAAACAGUUUGAUGUGAGGUGGAAGGGGAGGAAAAAAUUCGUCCAACUAUGUCGGCACUGGCAAUUUUGUCAUGUCGUCCAAACUCACAUCCAUUCCAAGAGAGGCAGAUCUCUCUGCAUGAGGCAGUUAAAAUUGGUCGUUCUGUAGCAAGGGCUCGGCCAUCUGCCAAUAAUGGAAUCUUUGACUGCAAGGUUCUGUCACGGCAUCAUGCCAUGCUUUGGUAUGAGACUGGCAAGUUUUACUUACAAGAUACGAAGAGCAGCAAUGGCACAUUUAUCAACAAUCAAAGGUUGUGUAAGGGAGGCGAGGAGAGUCCAGCCAGGGAGGUCUUCUCUGGCGAUCUUAUCCAGUUUGGUGUGGAGGUCAUGGAGAACAACAGGCGGGGAGAAAAAAUUACACAUGGCUGUAUCAUAGGAACUAUAACAUUGUAUCACCCAGAUGGGAGGGAGGCCAAACCUGCCCCCUACUUGUCUGGGGAGAACCAGCCUGGAAUAUCUUUACAGACACAAGACUUGUACCAGCUGGCUCAAUAUUUACAGGAAGCUUUACAUCGAGAGAAGAUGUUGGAGCAAAAACUUUUAACCCUCCGACAACUGGUUCAUAAUACUCAGGAAGCAUCAGAGAGUGGAUGGCAGGCACUGAUAGAUGAAGAUAAGCUUCUAUCAAGGCUAGAGAUGUUAGAGAAUCAACUACAUAUAUAUUCUAAAAACCAUAGUGAAGACACAUUACGACAAGAACUACAGGCAUUACAAGAAGACAAGAAUAAAUAUGAAACUACUUCCAAAGAAUCUUUACGAAGAGUCCUACAAGAGAAGCUAGAAGCUGUGACAAAACUGUCUGACCUGGAGCAGUCACUGGGCAACAUGAAAGAAGAAUGUACCCACCUGAAGAGCAUGUGUGAGUCCUCUCAUGGGGAGCUCAGUCUGCUGGCGGAGAAGUACCAGGAGCAGCUCAAAGAAAUUUCUGAGCUUCAAGAAAAGUUACAGGAAGCAGAACAAAGCCACGCGUCAGAGCUUGAGAAGUCCAGGCUGGAAAAGGCUGAGCUGUCCCAGAAGCUGGAGGAGAUGGUCCAGCAGGAAACAUCUCUGUCUGCUAAAAUUGAAUCUUUAACAGCUGACAAUGACUUCACCAAGGAGCAACUAGCAUCAAUGAAAGCAAAACUCGAGUCCAUCAAGGAGUUCAAUGAAGAUGACCAAAAGUUGACAGAAAAUAAUGGCUCCUCAACAGAAGUCAUUCAUAUUAUACCCCUGGCACCACCCAAAGAAGACGAUGUUCCAGAAAAUCUUGAAGUAAAACUCAAAGAUCUACAGAAGUUGAUAGAAACUUAUAAAAGUAAAAUUGAAACUUCUGACACAAAAUUAGUAGAAAGCAACAACAGAAUUGAACAGCUUCAAAAGGAUCUUGAGGUUGCUGUGUCCAACUCUAAAGAAUAUCUCAUUAAAAUCUCCCAUCUAGAAGAUAAGGUAAAGCUCUCGGAUUUCCACAUGAAUGAAAUGGUUGAGAAUGCUCUACAUAAUUUAAAAUUGCAACUGAAGGAGUCAGCAAAGCAAAGUAACAGCAGCAAUGAUUGGAUAGAAGCUAUGAAAGACCAUAUCCACCUGAUGGAGAAGGAACUAACCCUCCACACACCAGUCAACUCUGUGGUCAACUCAACUGAAAGCUUGGAUGAAAUGACCAGCCAGGCUGACUCCUCAAUACUCUCCUCCCCUCCCCCACCCUCCUCUAGAGCCAGUUUGUCCAACACAACACUAGUAGGCAGCCCCCCGGACCUCCUGCAUGACACUGUGGUCAAUGGCAGUAAAGAGGACGGUCAAGAACAAGAUGCAGACACAACAGUUAUGGAGGUGGUCAAGGCCCCCAGUAACAAUGGUUUAACUAAUCUUGAUGAUGAUGAAGAUUUAAAAGCAUUACUAGAAGAAGCCAGACAAGCACAAGAAAAGGCUGUAAUAGAACUCAGGAAAUAUAAAGCUGAAGCCAGCGACUCUGAAUUGAAGCUAAAGAAAUCAUCAGAUGAAGUGUUUAGUCUGAGAACCCAGCUAGUCGAUGCCCAGCAGCAAGCCAAGGAAAAGUCUGAUCUGGUCAAAGAUUUACAAGAGCAAGUAAAGAAAGCGGAAUCUUUCACUCAGGAUGUCAAACAACAGAUCUUGGACUUGAGAGAUCGGAUAAUUGAGGAGCAGGACAAUGCCAGGACAAAUCAAGAAUCAAUUUUACAUCUCCACCAGCAACUGGACAAUGAGAGAAGCAAGACAAAAAGUUUGGAGAAAGAACUUGAGGAGGCCAAAAUGCAACUGGCAACCUCUCAACAGAAUGCUAAACAAAACCACAAUGAAACGGAGCAUUUAAAAGACAAGUUGAAGCACUUGCAAGAAGAAUUGGAUUGUGAGAAAAAUCGCAGGGACUCACCAAGGCAUGGUGGUCUAACAGCUAAGAGUAAAGAAUACCAAGCACUGAAAGAGGAAUGUGCCAAUUUACGUAAACGAAUCCAAGCUAUUGAGGCAGAAAUGAAAAUGUCUCGCAAGGAAAACCUUCACCUGUCCUCAGAGUAUAACAAGCUCCAAGAAUCUUAUAAGCACUUGGAGUCCCUGAAACUGAAGCUGGAGACCAGUGAGGUAUCUUGGAAGUGUAACCUGACUGAUGCACAGAAGGAUGCACAUAAUGUUCGCCAGGAGGUACGGGCUGUAUCUUCAACUACGUCAACUGCGUCGACCUCAACGCGAAGUUCAAGCGACUUGGAUUCUGGGCUGCCUCUGUCUCCACCCUCCUCCAAUCUGUCACUCCUCUCUCCAGGCCAGAUUUCAUCAAAAGAGACGAUGAUAGCAUCCUCUUCCCUUUCAGACCACACUCAAGUUUCGGAUGUUUCAUCUUUUCAUCAGGGAGAAGCUGGGCCAUUUUCUUCCUCAAUGGCCUCCUCAGGAUCCCUGAUGAGAGGUCCCCUAGGCCCUCCCUCUCCCUCAGUCUCCUCCUCUCUUCUCAGCUCUCAGUUGGAGGAUGCUAGACAAGAAUUGAUACAACUGAGAAGUGCGUGUGAGGAGAAGUCAACUUUAAUAGGCAGCUUACAAAAACAGAUUACAGAUAUGACCAGUGAAUAUCAAGCACUUCAGAAUCAAGCGCGGAGGAUUUCCCUUGGGUCAAGUAUCCCGCUUCUCAUGCUGCUUUUUGCCAUCCUGAUGAUCAUUUACCCAACACUGGAGGCCAUCACAUCUUCUUUAUCAUAGCACUUUGUUCCCCUUGUAGGUGUACAGUAUAACAACUCUUGCUUUGUAAUAUACAUCUGAUGGAAUGCAACUUUCUCUAGACUUGAGGACUUAGACUGUAAGAUGACACAGUGAACUCUGUGGGUGGUCACAUCUCCUGCAUUUAUUCAAAACAUUUGUUAACAGAGGAAGCUGUGCUGUAUGAGUGGCGGUGGUCAGUGGUGAUUUAAGCUUCCUUGUUUUUUUUGUGAUAAAAUUGUGUAUUACUACAAUCAGUGGGUUUUUUAAAAGCAGAUAUCAUCUUUUCCGCACGCACCAAAAUUGUUAAAUGCUUCCAUUAUUUCCAAACAAAGGAUAUAGAAUUAACAGUCACAUGAAAUGUUAGCAAUAAAAAUCUUUUGUUGAUGAAAGGGCCUGUAUGUAUAUUUUGAUCCUACAAAAACCCGUCUCAUGUGUGAUAGGACCAGUUAUGUACAUAAUAGCAGCCUGUCAGUGUUGAGAGCUUGGUCAUACGUGGAGCAUGGUCAUAUGUACAGCAUUAUUUGCCGUUGGAAUUUGUCUUGGCUUACAUUUAUUUUCAAUAUAAUGAUGAAUCACAUAAAAGUCAUCUUUAUAAAACAUUAAAAAACCUACCUAGCUGUAGUGAUAAAACUUGAAUGAGGGGGAGACAGAACAAAAAGCUUAAUCUGUCGCCAUACAUCUAAGAGCUUAGUCAGUCAUUCUUUUAUAAUUUGAUGCUGCACUAAUUGCUUAGAGUAGAGUGAAAUGAGACUAGGUUCAUUUUCAGUUUUGGUCGUUUAAAGGAUGGAGGGCAAUUUUAAUAACCUUAUUAGUGUUGCUUUUAUUUAUUCUGUUCAUUUAUAUAAAGACUAAAUGGUGUAAAGAGGAUAUGGAGUGUAUGUUAGUGUGGAAUGAUCGCUAUCUUUUAUGUCUAAGUUAAACCAUUAUGUAGUAUACACGUAUUGCCACAUCUGUACAUAACACUCCUUGUGUUCUUUUCAUCAAUUUAAAGCUAAGUGCAAACUAAACGAAAGCUUAGGGACCAACAUAUUGUCCUACAAAAUAAAAUAGAUCAGACGGAGGCCUCGCAUGCUACUAGUGUCUGCAAUAUUCAAUAAACAUUUUGAUUACUCAAAUUAUUGUUAAAUAAAAUUGCUUAUUGGAUAGAUUCUUGCACAAUUAUUUAACACUACUGCAACUAAAAUCAUAUUGUCUUUAGAAUGACCUAGCUUUCAUUGUGUUUGACAUUUUAUUCAAUAUGCCAGUGAUACAUUGUCAUUUCCCAAAGUUAUUUAUAAAAUAUGAAAACUAAAAAUGUUUGAAAUAAAUCUCAAGAAAUACAAGAUAUCUAAUACUUCUCCCUUAACUGUGGGGGAUUAAAAACAGUCAACACUCAUGAGAUUGUCUCCUACAAGCAUAGUUUUCUUAUGUAACAUAUAGUUUGUAUGAGGCUUAGGGCAGCCUAGAUUCUCCAUGUGUUAAAUUUGGUGCUGAUUUUAAUAAGUGUGCAUUUUACCUCUUUUUCUCUGUACUAGUAAGUAAAUUUAUACAAAUUUGAGACAGCAGUAAUUGCUGCUUAGAAAAGCUUGUGAAUUCAAUUAGAUUAUUUAAUCUGAUUAAAUACUGCCAAUGUGUAGUACAUGAUCAGAACAACUGUUUGUAAAGUUAUUGUUUUAACUAUCUUGGUUUUAUUUUACAUCACUUUUGCUUUCAUUCACAUUUUUUAAAAUUAUUUGAUCCUACUGAAAUGCAAAGAAUUGUUAGUUUUAACUUUGUCCAGCCAACCUUUCAGCACUGGCUGUUGUGUCACUGAAACAUGUGUUUGGACCUGAGAUACUGGUUAAUAAUUGAGAAGUUAAGAUGAUGAGGGGUUAUUUUGUAUGUUGAUUGUCUUGUAGAAAGAAAAUGGAUAUAUCUAUCUAGGUUGUCAUGCUGCUUCUGGUGAAGAAUUUGUAGCUUUUUUGUUUUUUUUCUUUCCAAACUGGCUGUUUGAAAUGUUACCAGACUUGAUUUGGUAAAAAAACUUAUGGCAAAACUACUUAGCUAAAUAUGCCGUCUUUCCUUAAGUGAACUUUUGACUUUUUCGAAUUUCUUUAGCUGUGUAGUAGAUAAAAUUGUGAUCAAGAUUCUGCUCACCAGGUAGCAUGAAACAAGAGGGUUGCCUUUCGUUAUUAUCCUUAAGGAAGGACAAGGCAAACGUGUUAUAUAUUUGUCUUAACAGCUUUUCAUAAAAGCUUUGAUCAGAACUUCAGAAUCAAAUGCCCAUAGUUAAAUGAAGUUAUGUAGAUUACUUGUAUCUAGGUAAAAAAAAAUGUGUAAAUAUGGAGAAAAUCAUGAUUCACUAUUAAAGUAUGAAAUGUUUGUAUUUAAUUCCAUUUUAUUUAGUUGUGUAUAAUCAUAUGUAGAUAAUCAAAUUUUGCCAGUUCAUUAUCAAGUUGAUCUGAUUUUGAAAAUAAAAACUUU